AUGGAAUGGUUGCUGCUCUGCGCGCUAUUCUUUCGCGCUUCUCGUCAUAUCACGGCCAUAACCACGGAUGCACGAACCAUUCAAAACUUGAAAGUGUUUCCAGCAAUCCUCAGUGAGCGGAGUUCGGCGAACAAAAUUUCUAUGAGGAUUAACGACAACCUUGUGCUAAACCUGGAAAAGAGCUCCGUAUUCUCAGACAAGUUUCAGUUCACAACACAUACGGAGAACUCUAAAAUCACAUACCAAAUCAAUGCAUCUGAUGUAGAACACAACCUGUACCACGACAUUGAGAAAGACGCUGCAAUCAUGAUAACUGAUGAUGAUGAUGGUCUUCGUGUUGAAGGGAUCUUGGGUGAUACCAUGCGGAUAAGGCCGUUAUCUGCGAUGGAACGGAACGCAGAAGGACACGUGGCCCACGAACUAUUUGAAGUUCCAUUGCGACAUCCGGGAGGAGACGACGCAGUUCCUGUUGAAACACGAUAUGCCAGAAGUUCUCGGGGGCGCCUCAUCAAGCCUUUAUCAGAAAGAUCUGAAUCGGGUUUCCCUCUCACAGUUUCACCGGAAGUUCAUGUAGUUAUCGAUAGAGCUCACGACAAACACUUCAAACUCAGAAGCAAAAUAAUGGAGUAUGUGGCCAUCUUCAUGGCCGCGGUGAAUCUGAAAUAUAGCACUAUGAAGUACGUGGACGUGCAGCUCGUCGUGACCAAGGUCACCAUUUUUCACAAUGUUUCGGAACCUUUCAUAACGAGAUCCGAGCACCACCCAACAAUCAUGAUGGGUCAGACACUAUGGAACUUCAGCACCUACGUGGGAAGAACGGACGACUUCAGAAACGAUGACAUGGUAGUACUGUUGACCGGGAUGGACGUAGGCUACGUGAAUGCGACUACUAACAAGUCUUAUGGCCUGGGCAUUGCUGGGAUGGCGAAUCUCGGAGGUGCGUGCGGUUUGUGGACAAGAGGAGCUCUUGUAGAAGAUGUGCCAAAAACGUUCAGCGGAGUCGUCACCUUUGCCCACGAAUGCGGGCACCUACUGGGAAUAGCUCAUGACGGGUCGUCCCCACAGACCUACGUGAAAAACAACGUUGGAGCCGAGGGAUGCCCUGCCAGCGAAAGAUAUAUCAUGAGCCCUUCGAUGGGCGUCACAAGAACUUCCUGGACUAACGCCAGCUCUUGGUAUGGCCACGUGCCACAUUGUCUGCGAAGUACCAAAUAGGAGAUUCGUAAUCUCCAACGCUCC